AGGAGGGUGUGCAGAGGCUGUCUAGCCCGGGCCACAGAUCUUGGUGCUGAGCACGCAACCAGCCGCAAGCAGAGGCCAGCCAUGGCCAGCCCGGAGCUGGUGCUCCUGCUCUUACUGACAGCACUGCCACCUCUGUGGCCCUCCUCACUGCCACGGCUGGACACUGCAGAGGGUAAGGCCACCAUUGCAGGCCUGAUCCUGUCUGCGCUGGAGAGAGCCACCUUCUUCCUAGAGGAGAGGCUGCCCGAAAUCAACCUGGAUGGCGUGGUGGGGUUCCGGGUGCUGGAAGGGCAGCUAAGAAGCGUCCAGGCACAGUGGGCCCAGGACCCCCUGCUGCAGCCGCUGAGCCUGCGAGUGGGGACGUUGGCCGCGAAGCUGGAGUCGCUCCUCCAAAGAUCCAUCUUCUACCUGAAGCUGAGUGACCCCGAGUACCUGAGAGCCUCCUUGGUCUACCCGACCUUCGAGCCCGAGGACUCCUUCUCCGAGGACAGCAGUGACUCCUGCCUGGUGGAGCUGCUGGGAACCCGGUAUGACAGCGGCCAGCCCUGUGGGCUCUCGGACUCCUGCAGGGCCCUCAUGACCAGGCCGGGCUGCUCGGCCUACUGCCUGUCCCACCAGCUGCUCUUCUUCCUCUGGGCCCAAAUGAAGGGCUGCACCGAGGGGCUGUUCCACCGCAGCCAGCACUAUAUCGACCUCUUCUGCGCCAACAUGAUGGACCUGAACCGCAGAGCCGAGGCCAUCGGAUACGCCUACCCCACCCGGGACAUCUUCAUGGAAAACAUCAUGUUCUGCGGAAUGGGAGGCUUCUUGGACUUCUACAAGCUCCGCUGGCUGGAGGCCAUUCUCAGCUGGCAGAAGGCACAGGAAGGAUGCUUCGGGAAGCCGGAUGUUAAAGAUGAAGAAUUAUCUAAAGCUAUUCAAUACCAACAGCAUUUUUUGAGACGAGUGAAGAGGCGAGAAAAACAAUUUACAGAUGGCUGCUCCACCCACAACACAGCCACGGCGGUUGCGGCCUUGGGUGGCUUCCUCUAUGUCCUGGCAGAAUACCCUCCAGCAAACGCAGCACCACAACCAUCCACACUGUCACCACCAAGUGUCGGCUACGGCAUCUGUCCCAGCCGGACAAGGAAGGUCUCUGAAGAGAACAGUCCGAGUCACGAGCUGGAACUCGAGAGACGCCCGCGAACGGCGACACGCACUGACUUCUACAUCCCGUGCAAAGAGCCCCACGGCGUCAUUACGUCAUGUCGUGGUCGCGUCAUUUCACGAAAGGUGGACUACAGGCACAUGCCACCAUGCCUAGCUAAUUUUUUCUGUUUGGUAGAGACAUAUCUCACUCUUGCUCAGGCUGGU